GAACUAAAAGUUAAAGAACGUUGACGUCAACUUGGGGCAGUUGUUGAAAAAAGAUAAAUAAAAGGCACGCAUAUUUCAUUUUCAAAGGCAAUUAACCAUGGAAUACAGAACGCUCGAACUCAUCCUCGACUCGGCCAAGGAUCUCAAGGAUCUCAAUCUCUUCUCCAAGAUGGACGUCUACGCCGUCGUUUCGCUCUCCGGCCACCACAAGAUCAAGACCCCCGUUGACCGGAACGCCGGUACCAACCCCACCUGGAAUUUUCCAGUCAAGUUCACCUUCAGCGAAUCGCUCGCGCGCCAGAACCGCUUAUCCCUCGAAAUCAAUCUCCACUGCGAGCGCACCCUCGCCGCCGACAAGGACAUCGGGCAAGUCCACGUGCCGCUCCGGGAACUCCUCGACCAAGCCGGCGACGGAAAAUCCUUUCAGCACGUGAGUUACCAGGUCAGAAAACCCUCCGGGAAGCCUCAGGGAGCCUUCAAUUUCUCCUACAAAUUCGCCGAUAAAUUCGCCGCUCCGGCCAAAGCGUCAGCGUCAGCGUCAACGUCAACGUCAACGUCAUCGCCGGCGGCGGCGGUCACUAAGGUGGAACCGGUCACGGCUUAUCCUGCUCCGGUGGUGGGGUCCACCUCUGCUCCGUAUCCCAUCGUGUACCCUCAGCCGCAAUAUGCGGGUGGAUAUGGGUAUCCUCCGCCGCCGGCUCAAGCGGGUUACGCAUACGCGCCGCAACCGGCCCACGCCUACCCGGCCCAGGCGGGUUAUGGGUACCCGGCCCAAGCGGGUUACGGAUACGGGUACCCUCCUCCUCCACGUGCUCCGGCGAAGAACAAAUUUGGAAUGGGAUUGGGAGCGGGGUUGCUCGGAGGAGCGUUGGGUGGGCUUUUGAUUGGGGACAUCAUAUCUGAUGUUGCUUUUGAUGAUGCCUUUGGUGGAUUUGAUUUUUAGUUUCUUUUUUUUUUUUUUUUUCUUAGUAAAACUUACAAUAUGCUUUUGUCGCUGUUCGGUACUUCUUGUUUCAUGUUUGUGAGGCUCCUGGUGUAUAGGUGUUGAAGCUAUUCCUUUAAUCAUGUAUUAAGUUAUGGUUACGUAAUGUAUACUUCACGACAACCCUAUGCUUUUUAAUUUCUUUCGUAAUUAAUUACGUUGUUUCUGUGGCCA